CUUCCAAAAAUUGAGUGCGGAUAUUGGGCUUCUUCUUAGAUUGGAUCAUUCAUUGGGUUCAAAAACACUACUCUGUGGAGGAUGGAGUUGCAAUCUCCUUCAACCGUCGAAACUUUCCUCAUUCUUCAUUGAAGUGAAGAAAAACAAGCUGAAAGGGCAAGGAAGUGGAGUUUUGGCCCAACAACUCUUCUAUUUUUCUCCGAUUUUUAUGUGAAACUGAGGUCAAAAGUCGAGGACUUUGGUUGAUUGUAUUCACAAUUUUGGCUCCAAGGCGACUACCUACGCUUCAUAGAAAUACAAUACGGAGACUGAGAGGGGCGCAUGAACCAUUUGUACUAUCGGUUUCUUUCAUAACUUAACUGAUAUUAUCCGUUUCCUCGAUGAAGUUUACAUGCCUUAGUAAAGGAGGUGGUUUCCAUUUCCCACCUUGUCAUAUGCUCAACGUAUCCGGGUUUAGGAUCUUACUUGAUUGCCCCUUGGACCUUUCAUCUCUUGCUAUUUUCAGUCCUGUUCCAGUUGCUUUAGAGGCUCAUGAGUCUUUGGAUUCAGAUUCGGUUGUUAGAAAAAAGCAGAAGAUUGAAAAAACUCUUGAUGCAAAUGACUUGGUAUGUGCAGAGCCUUGGUAUAAAACUGUAAAAAAUUUGCAUCUAUGGGACGCUUCCUUCAUUGAUGUUGUAUUGAUCUCAAGUCCUAUGGGAAUGCUUGGCUUGCCAUUUCUUACUCUAUCUAAAGACUUUUCUGCAAAGAUAUAUGUGAGUGAAGCAACAGCGAGAAUAGGGCAGCUUAUGAUGGAGGAUCUUGUUUCAAUGCAUAUGGAAUUGAGGCGAUUUUAUGGACCUGAGGAUACUUGCUUCCCUCAGUGGAUGAAAUGGGAAAAUCUUGAAGUUCUUCCUUCUGAAUUGAAGAAAAUAGUAUCAGGAAAAGAUUGUGAGGAGCUGGGAGCUUGGAUGCGUUUAUACAGUGCAGUUGAUGUGAAGGAUUGCAUGAGGAAGAUUCAAACUCUAAAAUAUGCAGAAGAAGCUUGCUACAAUGGAACUUUGAUCAUAAAAGCAUUCAGCUCUGGUUUGGAAAUAGGGGCCUGCAAUUGGACAAUAAAUGAUCCGAAAAGAAAUGUAGCUUAUAUUUCAAGCUCCAUCUUUGUUUCAACACACACGAUGGAUUUUGAUUUCCUUGGCCUUCGAGGGAAUGAUUUGAUAAUAUAUUCAGAUUUCUCAUCUCUGGAUACCACAGGAAAUAUGGAGAGUGAUGACACUUGCUUUGAUCCAGUUACUUGUACUUCAUCAAAUGUUAGUGAUGAUGUCAACAAUUUGGAAGAGAUAGCUGCAUCCUUGCUUAAGGAUGAUGAAAGUAGAGAGGAAAUGGAGAAACUAGCUUUUAUAUGUACACAUGCCUUCGAUUCUGUUAGAGCAGGUGGGUCGGUUCUUGUUCCUAUUGAUCGACUUGGGAUUGUUCUAUGCCUUUUGGAGCAAAUGUCACUUUUGUUGGAGUCUUCAUCUCUAAAGGUUCCAGUAUACAUUAUUUCUUCUAUAGCAGAAGAAUUGUUUGCAUUUACCAAUAUAAUACCAGAAUGGCUCUGCAAGCAGCGACAAGAGAAGCUUUUUUCUGGUGAGCCAUUGUUUACACAUGUCAAGCUCAUAAAAGAGAGGAAAAUUCACUUGUUUCCAGCGGUUCAUUCAAUUGAGUUACUAACCAAUUGGCAGGAACCUUGUAUUGUUUUCUGUCCUUACUGGAGCUUGAGACUCGGUCCAGUUGUUCAUUUGCUUCAAUAUUGGCGCUCAGAUCCAAAAUCUUUACUUAUCCUUGAGAGUGGUGUUGAUGCUAACUUAGCACUCUUGCCUUUCAAGCCAAUGGAAAUGAAGGUUCUUCAAUGUUCCUUUCUGUCUGGAAUAAGUUUGCGGAAAGUUCAACCCUUACUGAAGGCAUUGCAGCCAAAAUUACUUCUGUUUCCAAAGGGAUUGAGGUGCAAGAUCCAAAUUUCAGAAGCAAACAUGAUUUUUCGAUACUCUGAAAAUGAAACAUUACGUAUACCAAGCUCGAAGGAGAGCACAGAAAUUGAUAUAGCAACAGAUUUGGCUUCCAAGUUCUGCUGGAAAAUGUUGAAGCAGGAAACAAUCACGAGGCUAGAUGGAGAGCUUUUCAUGGAUCAGGGCAAACAUCGGUUACUUUCUGGAUUCCAGCCGACAGACUCCAAGCAGCAAAGACCGUUGUUACACUGGGGUUCACCGGAUUUGAAAGGUCUUCUGACUGAGCUGUCCAAGAUGGGCAUUACUGGAACCGUAAAGAAGGUCAUCGAUGAUGCAGAACCUGAAAAUGCCGCCAGCAUUAUAGAAAUUGUUGGUCCCAAGAAAGCCUUGAUCGAUGUUCGAGAGAACGGUACUGUUAUCAUUGCUGCCAACGAUAAUUUAGCCUCUCAUAUUUUCAAAGCUGUAGAUAUUGUUUUGGAUGGCCUUUGAAUGAA